CUCAAAGCAAACCGGACGUGUAAAUGGAGUGCUGUGAAGUGUGAUUACAUUUUUUUUAAUUUGAUUCAUAUCUUCCUUUUCUCGCUGCAACUCCAAAAACUGUAUUGAGUAUUGGUGUGUGCGCGCGAGCGAACGAGCGGCUGUCGAGUGUGUUUGUGUCUGUACGGUAUACUGUAAACUGUGGAAUACUGUAUCUAAUCCGGGAGGUAUUACGGAAAUUUCCCCUCGCACCGAAUGAAAUUAAUAGCGAGUCACGAAAGAGCGCUGUCAUAAAUAUGGAUAACUACGUCAAGAAUUUGCUGAACGGAUGGAAUAUGCCGGAGUUGAUCAAAGUUUUUCAAGAGGAGGAAAUCGAUGAAAGCGCGUUCAAAUGUUUGAAAUACGACAUGAUUAAGGAGAUAAUCCCGAGGGUUGGAAAAAGGGCCAAGUUCGUCCAGAAGUACGAGGAAUACAAAGAGAAUCUAACGGAACGGCCGGCAUUUGGCGAGCUGCAGCUGGAUGAGAAGGACCAGCUCUCCAAGGCGUCAUCCCAGAAGCCAAUCGCGAUCAACUGGCCCCGCAUCGAACGGGUGUGUGGACCGAUACCGAUCUACCUCAAGAAUCUGCUGAAAAUGUGCGGUUACGAGCAGGAGAGCAGCCUUCGGAAUCUGAACGACGAUGACUUCGUCGACAUGGAACGCUUCGCCCGGGAGGAGCUAAUUCAUCUGGUACCUUCGACGCAGUUCUAUUUCCACAUCUUCUGCAACGAUCCAGCCCGGGAGUUCCGGCUUGUGCCCGGUCACCGGAAGCUGCUGAUGCAAAUGAGUGCCUACCUGAACUACACUAAUGCGGCUAGCGAAAUGCAACGGUUGGAACCGGUUAUGAACAACAGAAUGGAGCGACCACAGGUCGAGCGUGUUGAACGGGUCGAGCGAGUUGAGAGGGUUGAACGGCCGCCGCCGGAACGUGUCACCGAUAUUAGUCUGGUACGGGAACUGCGAGAGCAGCGAGCUUUGAUGCAGCAAUUGCAGCUGCAACAGCACCAGCAGCAACAAGAGCUUGCAAACCAACCACCGGAGAUCUUACAGGACCACAUACCUGAUGUGAAAACCAUUUCCACCAAGAACCCGCCUUUUGCCUUUGAGCAAGCUACCGUCUAUCCACCACUCAGCGACGAGGCUCGGGUCAGGAAAAUCCAAAACAUCAUCAUCAAAUUGAUCGAAAUGUGGAGUGACAAACAACCGAUUAAACUGCAGCUAACGGACGAGAUGAUCAACGUGACGUACGAACUGAACGGCUACAAUGCCUUUAUAAAGUGCCCGAUGUGUGCAGUUCAAAUCAAGGUGUCCAAGCUGCCUACCAAGAAGGGCGAUCGGUUCGUGAUCUCAAACUUUUCGAAACACGUAAUCAAAAUGCACUUCUCGCAUCAGCAGCAGCAGCAACUGUCGCAGUCUCAGCAGCAACAGCUGAACGACAGCAGUCGAUCCAGUUUGGAUAAUUCGACUUUUUACGGCGGAGAGAACUCCGACAGUAACAACUAUCCGUACGAGGAGUUUUCUAUAAAACGAGCGAGAAUGGAUGAGGAAGAGGAAGAGGAACCGGACAUUCUGCCCCAGAUGCUGCAUCCGUAUGUUAGCAUCAAAGAUGAAGUGAUAGAUUUGGAUGCGUAGUUUUCUUGCUCUCUUUUAUUUAGGUUGAUAGGUUCAAAUUGUACUCGGUAUACUGGAAAUAGCUAAAUAGACGGAGAUAUGCAACACAGAACUCACUAGAUUAAGUUCAAGUAUUUAAACUAAUUUACACAAGACGAUUAGAGUUUAGAGGAGUUUCCGUUAUUGGCGUAAUUUAGGUAACGCAUCAUGGAGUAUAAAAAGACUUUUUGCUUUUUGUUUAGUUUAUUUUAGUAGUUUAGGCUAUGAUGUGUAUAUAGGCUGAUAGAUUUAUAGUGAUGAACAGCAUUACACAAUUAUUCAAUUCCAUUUUAUCAUCUUCCAGAACCAAUAAAAUUCGCACCCUUUCGAAGAGUA